UGGAGUUUGCAUCUGACUGCACGCCCAGCUGGCUUGAAUGCCCACUGGGCAACCCGCUGCAGAGACAACACCAUGGCCACUGCGGGGAAAGCCAUUUGCUGACGGGGAAUACUUUCAGAAGCAGGUUAGCUGGCCAGGGCUGGCAAACCGAUGGCUGCCUUCCUGAGCCCAGGGCCCUGAGGAACAGUCCACAGCUGAUGCUUUCUCACUGCGUUGCCUGAAGGCCCUCCAGAAGGCUGUUACUGCUGCCGCCCACUGCUGCUGGACAGAGGCACUGAUGCGUCUUCAGGCACUGUGCAGUCUCUUUUCUGAAGGCCAAACCCACAGGGGCCAAAGGAUGCUCAAGGUCUUCAACUGCCCGGGUGAGGCCCACCCGGGUCACUGAGGAUAAUCUCCUUCAGGGAAAGCUGACUGACUGUGGACUCUGAGCACACUACAGACACCUGGACGGCAGGCCCGGCCCAGUUGUCCAGCUGUACACACACCUGGAGCUGUGGCCAAGCCCUGUGCACACAGAGCACUGACCAUCCCCGUCACUUUCCCAGGCGCCCCCGGAGCUCGCGGCCCCGCCGGCCCGUCCGUCCUCGCGAGCAUGGACAUGAACAUGAGCGGCCCGGACAACGCCACGCUGCAGAUGCUGCGGGACCCGGCCAUCUCCGUGGCGCUGCCCGUCGUGUACUCGGUGGUGGCGCUGGUCAGCAUCCCGGGCAACCUCUUCUCGCUGUGGGUGCUGUGCUUCCACAUGGGACCCAAGUCGCCGUCCGUCAUCUUCAUGAUCAACCUGAGCGUCACGGACCUGGCGCUGGCCAGCGUGCUGCCCUUCCAGAUCCACUACCACGCCAUCGGCAACCACUGGGUGUUCGGCGUGCACAUGUGCAAAGCGGUGACCGUGGCCUUCUACGCCAACAUGUACUCCAGCAUCCUGACCAUGACGUGCAUCGGCGUGGAGCGCUUCCUGGGCGUGGUGUACCCGCUCAGCUCCGCGCGCUGGCGCCGCCGCCGCUACGCGCUGGCCGCCUGCGCGGGCGCCUGGCUGCUGCUGCUGGGCGCGCUGUCCCCGCUGGUGCGCACUGACCUCACCUACACGGUGGACGCCCUGCGCAUCACCACCUGCUUCGACGUGCUCAAAAAGGACAUGCUGCCCAGCGUGGCCAUGUGGGCCGUGUUCCUCUUCACCAUCUUCGUCCUCCUCUUCCUCAUCCCCUUUGUGGUCACGGUGGCCUGCUACACGGCCACCAUCCUCAAACUGCUGCGGAGCCCCGAGGGCCACAGCCGGGAGCAGCGGCGGCGCUCCGUGUACCUGGCCGUCGUGGUGCUCCUGGCCUUCGUCACCUGCUUCGCUCCCAACAACUUCGUGCUCCUGACGCACAUCGUCAGCCGCCUGUUCUACGACCGCAGCUACUACCACGUGUACAAGCUGACGCUGUGCCUCAGCUGCCUCAACAACUGCCUCGACCCCUUCGUCUACUAUUUCGCCUCGCGCGAGUUCCAGCUACGCCUCCGGGGCUACCUGCGCUGCGGCCGGCCGCCCCUCGACAGCCAAGACGCGGGCCGCGACAGCCUGUUCUCCGCGCGGACGCUGUCUGCGCGCUCCGCGUCCUGCACCGCCGAGGACGGGCUGGACGCUGCCGGCAGACCCGGGCGGCAGAGGCGCGUGAGCGAGUUCUGAGCCCGGGGCUGGGGCGCGGGGUCGGGGGAGCAGCGGGCGGGCGGCUGCGGCGCGCAGAGUUUGCCACCUUUGGCAUCGCCGCCUUCGGGGCGCGCUGGGGAGAGGAACGCCCUCCUAGGCAGGCUCUCACCGAGGAUAGAAAAAAGCAAAGCAGCCGGCAUAGACCCCUUCGUUUUCCGGGAGGUGGAAGCAGCCUCCGGAGGGUCUGCCCUGCCUUGGGGAGGAGACGCCCAGGCUCCACGAGGGGGCUGUUUGUCUCCAUAGGGUUCCUGGGUAUGCCCCUGACGGCCGUCUGUUUUAUCCACAUUGGUGACCUUCUCCUACGCGAUCAUCUUCAGGACCGGCUGUCGCCUGGGGGUCUCAACCUCCCAACCCUUCCCACCCCCCACCUCCCCACACCCCAGUCCUGCUGCAAACUGGAAUUGGCGCAUUUGUGUCUUUUGCUCAGGGUCUCGGCUCUCCUGUGAUCCAUCAAGGACAGGCCCUGGGAGCUCUCCGUCACGGGGUCCCCCCUCUGUCAGCACAGCUGCCCUCCUCUGCUUAGAGGGAGGCCGAUUCCUUUCCUGCUUCAGCCCGACUCCCAGGGACUCCCCAAGGACAGGAUGUUCCCCUCAAGACCCCAGAACCUGCUCAGGGCCCCCAUCCCUUGCCUGAGCGUGAGACCCACUGAGGCCAGGCUGUGUAAGGAAGCUCUGUGAGACCUGUGGGGUGCAGCUUGCCUUGGGGGUUCCCACCUGCACCCCUCCAGCUCCCAUUCUUCAUGGAGGGCCCCUGCCCACUGUGCCUCCUGACAUGGUCCUUACAUCAUGCUCCUUCCCACCAGCCUGCACCUGGCAUCUGUCCCCAAGACUCUUUAGGGACCUGUACCCAGGGAUGGUGGGGACCCCACAGACCUGCAGGGGUGCCUGCCCCAGCACCUGCAGGCCACAUGGGCCAUCCCUAUGGUGUGGCAUGUCUCUGCCUUUUCCCUGAGCCUGGAAUGUGCCUGCAGUGGUUUGGGGACAAGAGGAGACCCCCAUCUCCGAGGCUCUGAACAGCCAAGACAGCAAAGUUCUGUGGAUCUGGGGGUUUAUGUGGAACAGUAGAGGUCAGCUCCUUGUACAAAAUGUGGAAGAAUUGGAGUCCAGGCUGCCUUGAGAGAGAAAGGCCUUUCCAGAAUGUGCACAGGGACAGCCGGCCUUUUGGCCAGGGCAUCAGGGACCUCCAGGACAGGAUGGCUUUGGGAAGGCUGCCUGUGCUUCCUGUGGCCUGGGAUUUUGAUGGAGACACUCUGAGGCUGACGAUAGGAGGGUUCCUAUCCCCUGUUGUCAUUAAAAAGAUAUGUUUGUUUUGCUGUCUCCCCCUCCUCUAACCCAUCAUACCUGGAAUUUUAGAAUGGAGGUUAUUUGGGAAUAAGGUCUUUACGAUUGUAACUAAUUAGAGUGAGGUCAUGGAGAAUUUACAGAGGGCCUUAAGUCCAGCGACAGGUGUUCUUAAAGGAAGACCAGACUCAGACACAGAGGAGAAGCCACGUGGAGAUGGAGGCAGAGCCUAGAGUGAUGUGGCCACAAGCCCAGGGUACACCUGGAGCCCCCAGGAGCUGGGAGAGGUAGGAAGGAGCCUCUCUGGGGCCUCCAGAAGGAACUGGAUACAGUGUAAGGGGUUGGAUGGUGACCCCAAAAUGCAUACCCAUGUCCUAUCACCCAGGAACCAUGAUUGAGACACAGUUUGGCAAUAGGGUCUCUGCAGAUGUAAUUAGUGAAGAAGGAUCUUGAGAUAAGACCAUCCUAGAUGAGGAAGGGCCUCAAAUCCAGUGCCUCCUAAGAGGCAGCAGAGGAGACUCAGACAUAGAGGAGAAGCCACGUGGAGGAGGCAGAGACUGGAGUGAUGUGGCCACAAGCCCAGGGACACCUGGA